AUGCAAUCCUGCGAGAUUGAUUUUGUUUUUCCAGCAGAAGAGCAGCGAGAGCAGAGUGAGGAUGAAGAGGAGGAGGAGAGGAGGAAAGUGUUUGGGUGCGAGGUCUGCGGGCGUCGUUACAGGAGAGUAAUAUCGCUCCAGCGGCACAAGAGACUCGAGUGCGGAAAGGAGGCCCAAUUUGAGUGCAUUAUUUGCCACAGCAAGUUCAAGCACAAGCACAGUCUGCUGAGGCACUACCGGGUCCACCUCUCGUUCGCGAGGCCCGACAAUAAAUUAAAGCCGGAGGACCACCAGCACCCCGGCGACUGAUAACCGUCCAGAGAGUCUUCUUAGAUCGUUCUCUCUCAUUAAAUUAAUAAAAAUCCUCCU